AUGAAGUUCGCGAAGGAGCUUCAAAGGGAAUUAGUGCCCGAAUGGCAACAAGCAUAUCUCAACUACAAAGAAGGGAAGAAGCACAUCAAGGUCGUCGCUCGUGCCAUCAAUCGAGCCAAGGGGAAAGGUUCACUGACACCGAACCUUGCCCGACGAUCACCAUAUGGUCUACCUCCCCACCCAACCCCCAUCUUCUCACCCAAACGCAAACAAAAUAAUCAUGUUCGCUCUUUGGCAACCAGAGAGUCGGGUCAGGAUGAAGAGGGUGGCACUGGAAAGGCCUUGUCUGCCACUCGUUCGCAGUCGACCCCAGCUCCCGGGCCGUCCAUGACCAAGAAUGUCCCAGCACCGUCCCCGGCUCUGGACAUCGCGCCCCGAAAGGGCCAAAAAGAUGGCCGCUUGGGUGAGACGCAGCUGCUCAAGGACUCAUGGAGCAGCGACGCACACUAUGGCAGCUUCGUGCCUACUCCUCUGGCUGCUCCUCAUCCGGAUGAUCCCCUGACCCAGUCAACAUCUUAUCAAAACAACUUCGAGCUCCCGGCGCCUGCCAUGAAAAUUCCCUCAAGGACCGAGAAUUCUAACAAGCUUGCACCAAUGUUGUCAAACCCAUUUCAAAGAAGUCACUCGACGCAGUUUCCUGUUGAUGGGCCUCGUCACGGUUCGGUUGAAGACUCACAAAAGUCCCCUCGUCAACGGCCCGCCAGUCGCCGGCCCAGCACUUUUGCAAAGAAUCCCGGGGAGGAGGAUCCCUCUGCAGACACUCUGUCGAGACAGCGCCUGCAACACACGAUGUCUUACCCAACGCCGCGCGGCAGCUUGACACGCAAAAAGUCAAUCUCGCCCAAUACUUCGGCCGAACAGGAAGCCAUCGAGCUCGAAAACCACUUUUUCUUUUGGCUGGACGGCCAGCUGGCAAAGGUUGACAAAUUCUACCGGGAAAAGGAAGCCGAGGCGGAGAAGCGUCUGGUUGCUCUCCGGGAACAGUUGCAUGUUAUGAGGAGUCGACGCCUGAAUGAAAUAGAACAAAUGAGGGAACGUCGCCGCGCUGCAUCCGGAGGCAACGGACGCUCUACUGAAAACAGCCCAGGGAAAAAAAACAAGGGGGCGAACGACAGCUCGGAUAACUCAUGGCUCAACCAAGGGUGGUUGCGGCAGUUGCGACCAGCAAAGGCUAAGCUCCUCGAGAUAAGCCACCCUCGACCAGGACCCAACUCCAAAGCACUGCAGAAGAUGGCGCAAACGCCACGCAUGAAAGGCUUGCAGGUUCCCUCAAACAGGGACUAUACCCGCCGCCCCGUGGCUGAGGAUGUUCCAUACAGGACCGCCAAACAUAAACUAAAGCUGGCCCUGCAGGAGUUCUAUCGUGGCCUGGAGCUGCUCAAGUCAUUUGCUCUGCUCAAUCGAACCGCUUUCCGCAAGCUAAACAAAAAGUACGACAAGGCUGUCAACGCCAAGCCUGCGUACCGUUACAUGCACGAGCGCGUUAAUGAUGCCUACUUUGUCAAGUCCACGGUAUUAGACGCGCACAUCGCCGCCGUCGAAGAUCUCUAUGCGCGCUACUUUGAGCGUGGAAAUCACAAGAUUGCCGCAGGCAAGCUGCGGAACCUCAACCGCAGGCCGGCAGAUGAGUCUGCCAGUGCCUUUCGCAGCGGCCUGCUCAUCGGUGUGGGACUUGUGUUUGCUAUCCAGGGCGGGACUUAUGGGUCCGAGCUCCUAUUUACCAAAGACGAUACGUUGAGAGAGCAAACAUCAUACCUCAUGCAAAUCUAUGCCGGCUAUUUCCUGAUGCUCUAUCUUUUUGUGCUCUUCUGUCUGGAUUGUCGGCUAUGGACAAAGAGCAAGAUCAAUUACCAGUUCAUAUUCGAGUUUGAUCCGAGGACACAACUCGACUGGAGGCAGUUAUCCCAGUUCCCGGCUUUCUUCCUGCUGGUCUUUGGAGUCUGUAUCUGGGCCAACUUCUCUCGAUUUGGACACCAUGAAAUGUACCUCUACUUCCCCGUCAUCUUGAUUGGGCUCACUUUUGUCAUCCUAUUCAUCCCUGCGCCUGUGUUUUAUUGGCGAAGUCGGCGAUGGUUCUUGUACUCUCAUUGGCGUCUGCUUCUUGCGGGCCUGUAUCCUGUCGAGUUUCGUGACUUCUUCCUUGGCGAUAUUUACUGCUCCCUAACAUACGCUAUGUGUAACAUUGAGCUCUUCUUCUGCCUCUACCACAACCGCUGGAACCAACCCACACAAUGUAACUCUAACCACUCUCGACUCCUCAACUUCUUUUCGGCGCUGCCACCUAUUUGGCGUUUUCUCCAGUGCAUCCGGCGUUACUAUGACACGCGGAAUGCUUUUCCCCAUCUCGUGAACUGUGGCAAGUAUGCUAUGAGCAUCAUGGCUGCUGUAUGCCUCGGUCUGUACCGCCUGGAUAACACGCAUACGAACCUGGCGCUUUUCAUUACUUUUUCCAGUAUCAAUGCUAUUUACUGCUCGUUCUGGGACAUAUUCAUGGACUUUUCCCUACUUCAGCCGGUCACCAACAACAACUUUCUCCUUCGCGACCUUCUCGGGUUAAAGAAGAAAUGGCCCUACUACACCGCCAUGGUGGUAGACCCUAUUCUCAGAUUUGCCUGGAUAUUCUACGCUAUAUUUACGCACAACACACAGCACAACACCAUAGUUUCUUUCCUUGUUGCUUUCAGCGAGGUGUCUCGCCGUGGAAUGUGGACCAUUUUCAGGGUCGAGAACGAGCACUGCGGCAAUGUGGCGCAGUACAAGGCCAGCCGCGACGUGCCGCUUCCCUACAAGCUAGCGGGCGAGGAGAGCAGCAGCGGCAGCGGCGCAGAUGAAGGACUACUGGCCGACCCAAAGACACCGGGUAAGGGCUGCAGCUCAGGCAUUGACGUCGAGAGGUCCCCGGCAGCUGCUCGCCCGAGCUCGCUCGCCAGACACGGCUCAAGAGCGUCGGCGGCUGAGGAAGGAAGGGCCGGGGACACCGCAGGAGGCGAGGUACCCGGCGAUGCGACGCUAAGGAGGAGGAUCACGCGAGCCGACACCAUCGUAGGGGCUCUCUCGCGGCACCUGGCAGAGGCGCACAAGCAGGACUUUGAGAAGCGGCGUAAGCCUCCUGUCAGUCCGGCCGAGGACGAGGACGAGGAGGAGAUGUAUCAGAACAUUGGGGGAGUGGCGGUUUCUAGCGACGUGGCUGUGGAGGAAGAGGAUGACACGGAUGAUAUGGAGGGCGGAGGUUCGUUCAGUGAGGAUGACAACAGGGAGGAGGAUGGAAACGACCAGAGCGAUGGGGAGGAGAAUGAGGCGGGGCAGGUUGACACCGAGGUGGUCGAUAAUGGGAAAGAUGCCGCGGGGAAGCAGAGCGAGUCUUGA